UUUAAUUUGCCACCUGCUGGAAUAGUGUUCACGAAAACUAUGGACCUCCACGUCAACUCUGGUCGAGGGAUUAGCUGAUAGAAAAUGCAGGAACGGAAGGGAAAAUCUGGCUCAUGCCAACUUCCAGUUGGUCUGUCCCGAAACAAACUGAACAUUUGAAUGCUGCUCCUUGCAGAUGACCAUGGCCCCACGGACUGAAGCGGAGGGCUCGCAGUGCAGUUCAGGAACCUCUGACCACGGCGAUGACUCCAAGUCGAGAAUGAACGGGGCCUCCAACGGACCGGUGUUGCUUCCCACUUAUUCCACCAUCGCCCUGGUGGAGAAUGAGCCCGAGGAUCCCUGGGCACUCCCUAGCCUCGAAGAUACCGGCGCCAAGUGGUCAGAACUCAGCCCCAAGAAGAAGAUGUUUCGAGUACUGAUCGCGGUGUUGAAAAUCCUCUCACUUAUUGGAUUUCUCUACCUCUUCGUCUGUUCGCUGGACAUUCUCAGCUCGGCUUUCCAGCUGGUUGGAGGUAAAGCCGCUGGAGAUAUUUUCAAAGAUAAUGUGGUCCUGGCAAACCCUGUUGCUGGCCUGGUGAUUGGUAUCUUGGUCACGGUCCUAGUUCAAAGCUCGAGCACCUCGUCUUCUAUAGUAGUCAGCAUGGUGUCCUCAGGCUUGUUAGGAGUGCGAUCAGCCAUCCCAGUGAUAAUGGGAACCAACAUCGGUACCUCAGUGACCAACACCAUUGUGGCCUUAAUGCAGUCUGGUGACCGAAAUGAAUUCAGAAGGGCCUUUGCAGGUGCCACUGUACAUGAUUUCUUUAAUUGGCUCUCAGUGCUAAUCCUGCUGCCAAUCGAAGCAGCUUCUGGCUAUCUAUACCAUCUCACUGGUGCUAUCGUCAAGUCAUUUGAUAUCAAGAGUGGUGAAGACGCUCCAGAUCUGUUAAAAGUUAUUACUGAUCCUCUCACAAAGCUUAUUGUACAGCUGGACAAAUCUGUAAUAAGUGAUAUUGCAACGGGAGAUCCAGCAGCAGCAAACAAAAGUCUCAUCAAAGAAUGGUGCAAGACCACAACUGAGCUGGUUGAAAAAAAUGUGACUGUCCCCAGUACAUUCAAUUGCACGUCAUUUGAAUUGUGCUGGAGUGAUGGCAAUAAAACCUGGACUCUGAAAAAUAUAUCAGAAACAAUAAAUAUUGAAAAAUGCCAGCAUCUAUUUGUGAAUACAACCAUUUCGAAUUUAGGAGUUGGUCUGAUCCUUCUUGUAGGCUCUUUGCUAAUCCUGUGCAGCUGUUUAAUACUUAUUGUCAAGCUUCUCAAUUCCAUGUUAAAAGGACAGGUUGCUACAGUUAUCAAAAAAAUUAUUAAUACAGAUUUCAGAUAUCCAUUUGGCUGGGUAACAGGAUAUAUAGCCAUUGCUGUUGGUGCAGGAAUGACUUUCGUUGUUCAAAGCAGUUCUAUUUUUACCUCUGCUCUUACUCCAUUAGUUGGAAUUGGUGUGAUUAGUAUUGAGCGAGUCUAUCCUCUUACACUGGGUUCCAAUAUUGGUACUACCACAACUGCUGUUAUAGCAGCUCUUGCCAGUCCGGGAGAAACAUUAGCUAACUCUUUACAGAUUGCUUUGUGUCAUUUCUUUUUUAAUAUCUCUGGAAUCAUCAUUUGGUAUCCCAUACCAUUCAUGCGCCUGCCCAUUCGUCUAUCCAAAGCACUGGGAACAUAUACCUCCAGAUUCAGGUGGUUUGCGGUUAUCUAUUUGAUUCUGUGCUUCCUGCUGCUCCCUCUGAUUGUAUUUGGACUGUCAGUUGCUGGUUGGCAGGUUCUGACUGGAGUAGGUGUUCCUGUUUUAGUGUUUAUAAUCAUUAUAGUUAUUAUCAAUAUUAUGCAAAGGAAAUGCCCAAGAUACCUGCCAAAGGUGUUACAAACAUGGGACUUUCUACCAAUCUGGAUGCAUUCCUUGACACCAUGGGACAGAAUUGUACAGCAUGCUAUGAGAUGUUGUUCUACUCGGUGCUGUGAUAAGUGUGGAUGCUGUAAGAAGAAUGAUGAGGAAAGCCUUGACCGAAUAGAAAGGCAAACCAAAUCUUUUGAGGUUUAUGAAAAUUCAGUAAAUUUAGAGAACAAGAAACAAGAUAUUAAGACAUCCCUACCUGUAGAAAAUGAAACAAAAGUUAAUUCAACAGCUAUGUAGCAACUGAACCACUGAAUCACUUAAAUGCGCCUUUGCAAAGUGGUGCAUUUUUUAGAAGAUUUAUCCAAUUUGAGUUCCUGUCACUUCUGGUAUUCUGAAUGGUUAGUGCUAUUAACAAUAUUUCUGGUAGAAGUGAUUCUUUCACCAAUUCACAUUGUCUUGUAUUCAAUCAUUGCCGUAAGUGCAAACCUUCAUUAUAGCAUAUAUGAACAAAUGUGUAAAUUGGUGUUCGAAUUUCAAUGUGUAGCUUUAAAAAGGUACAACUUCUUUACCCCAGGUGCUACUUGAAAAGUGUUGACAGAAAUGUUCACAGUUUUUUUUUCUGUGCUUCCUUGUUGAUUUGUAUUUAGCGGAAGAUUUGUAAUUUCAUGGUGCCAAAGAAUUCUCCCCCAUUUGUGGAAAAUAAUUUCAAAAUACACUUGUCCGGAUUAAAUACAAGUUCCAAAAGGUAAGGGAUGGUGGGGGGGGGGGGAGGGAGGCGGAACCUUCAAUAUUUCUCGACUGAUUGAAAGAAAUAGUUGUUAAGGAACGGUGAGCACUCAUGUUGGUCUUCAAAUGCUACUGAGGUAAAAUUGUGCUUUUAUCUCUCAUUGUAAAUGCCACUGGUUCUGCCCAAUUUUGGCACGUUUGGUUUUCUUCGCUUCAGUGGAAGUGAAUGUGUAGUUGUUGAGUAGAACGAGAGGCAGACACACUAGCAACCAGAGGUGGAUUUCUGCCCCACAGAGUCAUUCAGUCUCAAGAUUGGGGUUCCAGAUAUAAAUUACUGAAGGUCAAGUUCAAAUUAUUUAUGGUACAUCAAUUCUGUUGGAUGGUAUUAUAAUAAUCAUUCUUGCUUGUGGAGUUCUCAAUGAAUUGUUUUAUUCACUUCCAAGUUUUGACAAGUUGAAUUAGAUCAAGGCAAUGAAAAAAUAUGUUACCAGUUUGAAAUUCUUCCAUCACAUGUCCAACUAGUGAUUUCACUUUUGGGGAUUCAAUAUGGUACUGGAAGCUACAAAGUUGAAUCAGAAUAUCACUAAUAUGCCACUUCCUAGAUAUUUUGAAGUGGUGAUGAAUAAGGGGCAUUCAAACAAGGCAGCAUGAACUUUUUGGCAGAAUGUGAAAUUCCCAGCUGGAUUUCAGUUGUAUUACCAACUGAACUUCUGAAUUUUUUCAACAGAGAUAAAUGCAGGUCUGUGGAAUAAUUCAUCUCUGGGCCAAGCAAUGAUUGGCAGGGUCAUUCCUAAGAGAUGGAAGCUCAGCCCAUGACAGCCAAGGGAAGUGUGGUAUUUAUUAAUGGUAGCAGAACUGGCAGUGAGAAGGCUAAGGAAAGUGAAAUAAUGUAUAAAAAAUGGACUCCCCUAAAUUGUAAAUUUGUCAGGAGACAUUAAAGAGGCUUAUAAAUACUUUUAUUAUUUUUUUAUAAAAAAUAUAUAAUUUAUGUAUUGAAUGAGUAGUUUCCUAAACGUGCACUAACAUGUUAGUUUGAAUAAUGGAUGUUUGUGUAUAUAUUGUUACUUAUUUUUCUAUUGUAUUGUAGAUUUUAAACAGCAUCUAAUGUGUGAUUUAAAAUAUACAUUAAGUACA